AGGAUGAUUAAACUAGCCAAUCACAUGUACACUUACCAGUACUCUUCCGGUUGAGACGUUGUUCAUAUCUUUGGAACGUAGUUUACAUCAAACCACAUACAUCUGGUAAACUCAGUCAGUGGGGAAGCUUUGUUUUCCUGCCCUGUUGUAGCACCUGAAAGAACAGAAGAUGGGAAAAAAUGUGUGUCUCAGAAUUAUGGAUGUGCAGCUCCUUGUGAUUGUGACUUGCAUUCUUUUGAACUCGCUCUCAGUUGAAAAAGUGAAAGGGGAGUCUGACAGUGUAACUCGCAGCUUCAGCUACCAAUGUGUAAAGAAUAAAGAUACAUGUCGGAAAACAGAGGUCGGAGGCUUCUGUUAUGCUCCCAUCUAUGGAAUAUCUGUGGCUAAAGAGGACGCAAGAAUAAAUUGCACAAAUGGUAUGACUGGACAGAAAAUAAAAAGGUGUUUUGCAAAUGGAACUUAUGGAUUAGAGGAAGACUUCUGUGUUUCAAAUGAAAUCAAUGACAUUCUGCAGAUCACUAACAACCCAACUGAAUUAGCAGGGAAACUUCCCCAACUGGUUGUAAAGUUAGACAACAUUUCAAAAAGCCAGAAUAACACAACACCUGGUAACCUGCAAGCCUCACUUAAUAUCCUCCAAGCCUUUGCAACAGUCUCAAAUGAACCUCAAGAAACGGUUGUUGUGCAGGGUUUCCUUUCCAUAGUGGAUUCGCUGGUCGAUGAAAGGGCACACUCUGCCUGGACCUCAGUGAAGACUGAAAACAAAACAUCCAGCUCUCAAUUAUUAAAGUCAGUGGAAGGCUUUACCAGAUUAUUAAAUCCACCUAAUCAAACUUUCAACAUCACUAAACCAAAUAUUCAACUAAAGGGGAUGAAGGUUGAGCCUGGCAAAGAUUAUCAAGUAGAUUUCACUAAUACGAAAAAGAACAGAUCAGUAACGAAUAGUGUUUUCAUUAAACAAAACAAUUUGGCGGCAUUGGCCAGCGGCAGUCUUGUUAUGAGCAUUGCAUUUCUAACAUUGGAUGAUAUCCUCAACCCACCACCUACAAGUAAUUACAAAUUGAAUGGUCUUGUUGUAGCAACAACAACAGCUGAAGUCAAGCCAAUUGACAUUACGAUGCAAUUCACGCCACUAGAUACCACACUCGCACCAGCAAGCGCACGAUGUGUAUUUUGGAAUCACAACAAUGAAAGAUGGGAUACAGAAGGGUGCAAGCAUGAAAUAAAUGGAACCAACAUUACAUGCCGGUGUAACCAUCUGACAUCCUAUUCUAUAUUGAUGUCGCCGACAACAGACUUUGAGGUACUCCCAUGGUUGAGAGUGUUAAACUAUGUUGUACUUGGCACAAGUCAGGUCAGUUUGAUAAUUGGCAUUAUUAUAGAGGCAAUUGUAUGGAAGAACCUCACCAAAAAUACUACCUCACUUGCCCGUCAUAUUGCAAUACUGAAUAUUGCGCUCUCUCUACUGAUAAUGAAUACAUUGUUCUUGAUCUGCUCGAUUCUGAAGCCAAAGGACAUAAGUUGUAAAUUGGCCAUUUAUUUUAUUCACUUCUUCUUGCUUGCCUUGUCUUUUUGGAUGUUCACGCUGGGCCUCUUACUUCUUUACCAUUUAGUUUUUCUUCUCAGAAAUUACAGCAGAACAUCAAUGAUGCUCAUCUCAUUUAUCCUGGGCUACACCUGUCCAUUCAUAAUUGCUAGUUGUGUGUUUGUGAAAGGCCACUUAAAGAACAAUUAUAUUAAAAAGGAGAUUUGCUGGAUUAAUGUGAAGCAAACUGAUAUUUACUAUUCAUUUGCUUUGGUGCCACUGAUCGUCGUUGGAAUGAAUUUCCUCAUCACAUUCUUUGCCAUAGUUAAGAUGCUGCGCCCAGCAAUUGGGGAGAAAUCCAGUGGUCAGCAAAGUGAUAAAAAUUCAGUCAAGCUGAUUUUGAGAUGCAUUAUCAUCCUAACUCCACUUCUGGGUCUCAGCUGGUUGCUGGGAUUUAUGUUUCUGACACCAAGUGCUGGAAAUAUAUCAGUUUGGAAAGAAAUCUUCAGACCUGUAUUUGAUAUUGCCAAUGGGCUUCAGGGAUUCUUUAUUUUGAUUUUCGGGAUAAUCAUGGACAAAAAGGUACGAGAAUGUCUAAAACAACGGUUCUUACCACAAACUUAUUCACAAAAGUCGUCUGCAGCAACCAAUUCAACUUCACAAUCAAAUUCACAUUCUUAAUGAACAUCUGGAUUUCGAAAUAAAAGGUGAGUGUGAUGAUAUCGGCUACAAGGGCUUGAAAUAUGACAAUGGUGAGAUAAAUCAGAAGAAAAAGAUGCAUUGAUUUUCCGCUGCAGGUGUGUUCAUUCUGUCGCCAGUCAGCACUUCCCUCUGGUGCUUCCUCAAGCAUCAAGAGUAAAGGGGUAGCUCACGUGCUUUGGUUUAAAAGGCCGAAUAUGUUGUGACGCAUGUUUACUGUAGCGAUCAGACCUCUGCACAAUCUUAGGCAUAAGUAAUGGUUGCUUAAUGCUCUGAAACUUCAAGGGCCAUCAGGCUCAUGGUGGUUCAGAACUGUGUGUGCUAUUCAAAGCAGGAACAAACUUAAAGCCCACAUCAACCUCAAGGAUUUUUAUAGCUACUUUUUCUGAAUAGAAAAUUAGUUAUUUGUGAAGAGAUAAAAAGUUCAUAAAUCACAUACAAAAUUGAUAAUAACGUACAAGAAUAUUUAAUUGCUAACAUUCACCAUAUGUAAAUGUACAAAUCACACCCGCCUAAGCAAAACGAUGGAAUUAAUCUAAAGGGACUGCAGAUGCUGGUUUACCCUCUGAGUUACUCCAACAUUCUGUGUCUAUCUGAGGAAUUAAUAUAUUAGGAUCCUGCAAAUUAUUUGAAUUAGCUCACAAGGGACUUUGAGAUAAUUAAAUCUUUGUAAGAUACAACCGAACAUAUUGGGCAAUAUGGCCAGGUCAUGUAUUCUUCAUCUUUUAUCUUCUGUCUUAAAGUUCUCCUUGUUUGGUAUCAACAAGAUAAACACAUGGGAGAUAAGGUGAGGAGGAUGUUUAGUGUGUUAUCCAGCCAAAUGCCAUAACUGAUGGUGCUCAAUCAAAGCACCAGAUGCAUGAAACUUUCUUCCUUCCUGCUUCCUGUAAGUAUUCCAUCCCCUUCUCUCAAUUCCUACUUCACUAUUACAUCUGUGGAUACCACCAUCUGCAGCAUUGCUUCAGGCGUAUCUAUCUUUCUCCCUAACCAGUGCUCCUUCCCAACAAUAGCUGACAAGACUCUUGACUGUGCCUGUUCCAUUCCCAUUAGUUCUGAUCUCAAAGCAUCUCCUUCCACCAUGAGCAAGGAGAGAGUUCAUCUUGCUCUCACCUUCCACCUCUUCAGAUUCCACUGCAAUUUCUGAUCUCCAAAAUGAUGCCACCACUAAAUGCAUGGCCCCCUCUCCAUUCAAUAUUCUAAAGGAUUAAACUUUCUCGGAAAUACUGGAUCAUUCUUUCGUCUCAGCCAAUACCACUCCCUUGCCACCACACUUAUAUGUGCAUCUGCCCUUUUAUCUCUUUUACCUCUUUCCCUUUUCCCAUCCAGCUCUUCAACCAGCCUUUCAAAUGUAAUUUAAUGUAUUGCAUUCACUGAUCAUAUCAGGUAAUCCACACUGAGCAAACCAAAUGUAGUUUGGAGUACAAUCUGAUGAACAUCCCCAUUCAAUCUGUGUGAGUGAAUCUUAGCUUCCACUUUAAGUCCCCAGCCCAUUUUCACUUGAUCUCUCGGUCGUCAACAAUCUACAUGGUUCCUACAAAACUCAAUGAAAGUUUCAGGAACAGCACCUCACCUUCUGUACAGUCGUUCAUGACUCAGUAUCCAAUUCAGUCAUUGCAGAUGAUGAACCAUUCCAGACUUUGAUCUUACCUUUCCUGUAUUCCAAUUAUUUUGGCUCUUCUUUUCGAUAUUUCAGAUUUUGUUCCCAUCCUCUUGCUUGCAUCUCCUCCAAACAUAAUUUUAAUUAUUCACUAGUGUUUAACACUUUCCCUCAGCCAGCUCCAAUCAUUCAAUCAUACAAUCUCACUUGGUAUCUGUUCUAUCUCACAUCUUCCAUUCUGCACUCGCUACUCCUUGCCUUAUUUCUUUCCUGCUUUAAACCUGUUCCAUCUUUAACAUGUCCCAGCUCUGGUGAAAGACCAUCGGCCUAAAUUGUUACCUGUUUCUCUGCCUACAGUUGCAAUCUUCCUUGCUGACUAUUUCCAGAAUCCAAUAUUUUGCACUGUUUUUUUUAUUGUUUGGGAUACAAACAGCAAAAUGCUGGAGACUCCAAACAGAUGAGGCAGUAUUCAUUUUACAGAAUCAAAGUCCACAUUUUGGGUUGAAAAACCUUUAUUCCAAAUUUUCAACAUCCACAGUUUAUUAAGUUUUCUGUUACUGGGGUGUUGGUAGAAGCCCGAGUUAUGUAGCUGUAGGAGUUGUAGGAGACGUCUGAUGUUUUUCGGAAGCCAAAAUAAUUGUUUCUACACAUUUCUGCUCCA